AUGACCAAAUCCCUUUGGCUUUUCAGGCGCAGUGUGGAAAUCCCGCUGGAGCCUCCCUGCGUUCCGAAGCAGAACCUGGUGUUCCUGAAGACCCACAAGACGGCAAGCAGUACCAUCCUGAACAUCCUGUACCGGUACGGUGAGGCCCACAAUCUCACCUUCGCUCUGCCCCAUUACGACCACCUCGGUUACCCUCAAAGGUUCAAGGCGGAAUACGUCAAACACUUCACCAAGAGGCAUCUCGGCAAGUUCAACGUCCUGUGCAACCACAUGAGGUUUUACCACCCGGAGGUGAAAAAGGUGGUGCCGAACGAUUCGUUUUACUUCUCCAUCGUCAGGGAUCCUGUCCGGCUGGCUGAGUCCUCCUUCGCCUAUUACCGCUUCUACUCCCCGGCCUUCAGUAACGCCAAGAGCCUGGAUGAGUUUGUGGCCUCCCCCGAGCGUCACUACAGGGGCCUGGAGCCAAACAACCACUACGCCCGCAACGUCAUGUGGUUCGACUUCGGGCACGACAACAAUAUGGAGGACGUGCCCGGUUACGUCGACGCCGUCCUCGCCCAGCUGGACCGGAUCUUUGACCUGGUGCUGGUCGCUGAGUAUUUCGACGAGUCGCUGAUCCUCCUCAAGGAGGCGCUGUGCUGGGACCUAGAGGAUGUGGCCUACUUCAAGCUGAACACCCGCUCCAACGACUCGGUCUUGCCUCUGAACGCCAGCUCGGUGGAGAGGCUGCGGGCCUGGAACCACCUGGACUGGAGACUCUACAGCCAUUAUAACGCCUCCCUCUGGCGGCGGAUUUCCAGCUACGGCGCCCAGAGGAUGGAGAGCGACGUGGCUCGCCUGAAAGCCCUGAGCCAUCGCCUGGCCUCCCACUGUCUCGAAAGCAGCUGCCCCGGGCAGGUCUGGGACCCCGGUUUCAUGCCCCACAGCUCCGGCAAGGCCAAGAUCCAGGGCUACGUGCUGAAGGCCAACCUCAGCAGUGAUGACCUGGAGCUCUGUCGGCGAAUGUCCUGAGCUGUCGACUGAUCACACACUAUCCACAGCACCCUCAACCUCAUGGAUCUACCACAGUGUUGCUCAAGUCCCAAAACCCACCGACUGUCGAUGCAUCUUGCG